AGUCUGUUCUCGUUGGAGGGAGUCUUUCGGUCACUCAGGAAGAACCGGCCGGAAGUGCCUGUUCGAGAUAAACUCAGGUCAAUAGCAUCAGUACCUACGACCUUAUAUACGUUCAGAGUGCGGCGGGAGACAAACAGGUGACUAAAAAGAGAGACACAAAGGGAAAGAAAGAGAGGAAAACAAGCUGCUAAAUUCCGAGGCGUUUGUCGGUCGUGUGUGAUUGUGAUUCGUUGGUGUCGUAGACGGAUGAAACAAGCGCGUGGCACAUACCAUAUUACUUUCGCUAUAACCCUUGGUCCUCCACCGCACCGACCGCAAGUCUGCAAGCCGGUGGCUCCCCAGCAGCUCUACUGGUCAACGUGUCCAUCUGAGGCUGGCCAUGCCCGAUAUCACGGACGGAGAAUUCGAGUCCCUCAUAGCCGAUAGUGCCACAUCGCACUCGAUAGCUUCGUUAUCCCAACUUGCAACGUUUGCAAUCAAUGGUGGCUGCCUUCCUGCUCAAUACGAGCGGCUGUCUACUAUCCUGUACGGCCAUCUCCGGUCCACAGGGCUACCGCAGUUUACACAGAGUCUGGAGGAACGCAGACUGGGGGAGCUGCAGGUUCCUAUCUUGUCUAUGAACACCUUGGGGGUAACCCUUCCCUUAUGGCUGGCUUGCAACGAGAUCUCCGAUCGUCUCCUCAGACGUCUUCUGCGUCACUGGCAGGACGUCCGCCAAUGGAUCGUCUUUUUUCACGAUAAAAUCAUUACUCGGUUGGAGGUCGAUCUGGAGCUCCGAGUGUUAUGCAAGAAGUCUGUUCUUGAAUACAUGGGUUUGUUGCAACACAGUUUGGUACUGACCUGGUCACAGCACAUACCAGCAGACAAGGACCUCAUGCGUGUCAUAUCCAGCUUGUGGCUCCUCGAAAUCAACAACCCACUAUUUUCCAGCUGGUGUUCCACGUAUACACAAUUCCACCAUCAACGUGAUUCCGCCAUUUUCAACUCUGCAAUCCUCAUUGCACAUGAAAUUGAUGUCAAGGUCGACUGGGCUAACAUCAUGGAGGUUUUCGGAAACGAUUAUGAUUAUUUCGCGCACACCGCUGUCGCGCACCUCCGCUAUGAAUUAUCCCAAGAUCCCCCUGACAUGGAAUGUAUCGCAUGGGAUGUCCAUGUCAUUUCAGCCCUUGCCCUGAUUGCCAACCUCCAUUUGGCCCUCCUUAAGCAGGGAUCUCUCUUUGCUUGCCUCGACGUGCUGAAUUUUGUUGUUUCUAACUCGUGGGAAGGCGACAACAGGAAAUACGCAGCACGUUGCAUCGCUAACGCAGCAGUUUACCUUAAAGAAGGACUCGAAGACCUUGACGGGGUGCCUCUCGUUCUCACGCUUCUCCGCAUGAAUCUGAUCCCUACCUUACUCAAAUGCGAACCGCUUCUGCCUCUAGCAGAUAACGAUACAGCCCGCGAUCAGCCCGGGCAGCUUCUAGGCAGGAUAUUAGCAUCCUAUACGAUUUAUCGUUCCGUCCUAAGGAGGGUGAUCCCGCUUAUCGAGCAAGUCCAGGAAGCAGGUGAAGAUCGGCACCUUCAGAAGGGGUCGUUAUUAUAUGGGGAUUGGCAAAGAUUCAAGGAGGUGGUGCGCGAGCGCGCCAAGAUGUUAAAACCUGAUUACCCGACCCCACAUACCGUCCAACACUGUCAUAACGAAAGGUGCUCGAGAGUGGAUCCCCUUGGGACCUUCAGGCGUUGUGGAGGGUGUUUGCACUCGUUUUACUGCAGUAAAGAAUGUCAGCGAUUCGACUGGCAGCAGGGUAAGCAUAAAGCUUACUGUCAGAGAAUCCAGGAACGUUACGUUCGAACGGACGGACAGAUGUUUAUGACCUCCUGUAAUGACUUUCGGUUUUUCGAAAGCGUCAUCAUCGCCGAACUCCGAAAACAUCAGGACCGCAUCAUCGCGCACAAGCUAAAGGUCAACGUCGUAGAGUUCGAUUUUACCAAGGGUGUGACGGAUGUCGUCUUCGACUCUCUACGACUGGACCCUAAACCGUUCAAGAUCCUAUGUCCUUGUGAACAGUUUUCGCAUGACAGAUGGGAAUCGCUCCUGGUUAGGGCGAGGAGGUCGCGAGAGCAACUGGUUCUCGUCAGGGCGUAUAUACCUGGAGGAAUGUCAAGGAAGAUUUUGUUGAGAGGCUAUGAGUUAAGGCGUGUCCUAAAGAACGACUGGAGUGUUGAGAACAAACUGGUCUUUCCUCAUCGCCUUUGUUUGACCUUCACUUGCUGUGGCCGACCUUCGGACACACGGUUAGAAGGUACGAGCGGGAAGUGCCUGAGGGAGCGACGCAUUGGACAUGCGUGACUUUUCUGUGCUUCUCCUUGUGUUGUAUUCGGAAUGGUGUACUUCUGCAGUCGUGUCUGUAGCUUCGAGUUCUUUUGUCCGUAUUCCCGAGACGCAGCUCCACCACUUUUGAGGUAGCCAAGUCCUCUUGACCGUAUUUCGUUGCUGGAUUAUCUAUCUUUGUCAGAAUGGUCAGC